AUGGAUUGGGCAAAUGUUCUAGGGGAGAAUGUGGCCAUGUUUCUUUCAGAUUUUGAUAAGGCUUAUGACAGGGUUGAAUGGGAAUUUAUUUUGAUGAUGCUAGAAGACUGUGGAUUUCCUGUGGAAUUCUAUAAAUGGGUGAAGGUUCUCCUUAAAGAUGGAUCAAAACAGGUAGAGAUUAAUGGCUCUCUCACUCAGGUAUAUGUUAGAAUGAUCAUUGAGAAGAAUAAAUUCCUUAGAUUCCUUAAAGAAAGACAAGCCAAGAUGUUUGUACAUGAGUUAGAGAAUGGGUACAAAUGGAGGCAGGCCGCAAAGGAACACAAGUCCAUUGAUUUAGCAUUGGAGAGUCUUGGGAUAGAGAUUGGGAAAACCAAAGACCCAGUGAUGGAACACAUUCAGAUGCUUAGCCAACUACUUGAGGGGAAGCAGGAACUAUGGAUGGAAGGCCCUCUAGGGUGGACCACUUGGAUGGAGGCCUUUCAGGACCAUGAGUAG